UGUAACGGUGAUGAGGUGGGGGAGCGGGGCUGUGUUUCGCGACUAAACACUGAGUGAAGAGCCGCGGCCAUGGCUGGAGUUUUCGACAUCGAUUUGGAUCAACCGGAUGAGAAUGUCUCUGACGACGAACUUGAAGACGGGGGCCAGCUCAGUGAAUAUAUGGACCAAUGCAGUGGCUUUGAAUUUAACAUGGAUGACUGUGAGAAGUUUGAAAUUUCAGAGAACAGCGUGAACAAGGGAACAGAGCAGAUCAGGCCUGAAUGCUUUGAGCUACUGAAAGUUUUGGGGAAAGGUGGCUAUGGAAAGGUGUUUCAAGUUCGAAAGGUAUCAGGCGCCACAUCUGGGAAGAUAUUUGCUAUGAAAGUGUUGAAGAAGGCCAUGAUUGUGCGUAACGCAAAGGACACAGCACACACCAAAGCCGAGAGGAACAUUCUGGAGGAGGUGAAGCAUCCUUUCAUCGUGGACCUCAUCUACGCCUUCCAGACAGGGGGGAAGUUGUACCUCAUCCUGGAGUACCUUAGCGGUGGAGAGCUGUUUAUGCAACUGGAAAGAGAGGGCAUCUUCAUGGAAGACACUGCAUGUUUCUACCUGGCUGAGAUCUCAAUGGCGCUUGGUCACUUGCACCAGAAAGGCAUUAUCUACAGGGACCUGAAGCCUGAGAACAUCAUGCUCAACAAUAAUGGACAUGUAAAGUUGACAGACUUCGGUCUAUGCAAAGAGUCCAUCCAUGACGGAACGGUCACCCACACCUUCUGUGGCACCAUCGAAUACAUGGCUCCAGAGAUCCUAAUGAGGAGUGGACAUAACCGUGCAGUGGACUGGUGGAGUUUGGGAGCUCUCAUGUAUGACAUGCUAACAGGAGCACCUCCAUUCACUGGUGAAAACCGAAAGAAGACCAUCGACAAAAUCUUGAAAUGCAAACUCAGCCUUCCACCUUACCUCACACAAGAAGCCAGGGACCUCCUGAAAAAGCUGCUGAAACGAAAUGCCUCAUCGCGACUCGGGGCUGGACCAGGGGAUGCUGCUGAAGUCCAGGCCCACCCAUUCUUCCGACAUAUAAAUUGGGAGGACCUCCUCGCUCGCAAAGUAGAGCCCCCAUUUAAACCUUUCCUGCAAUCAGCUGAUGACGUCAGCCAGUUUGACUCCAAGUUCACCAGCCAGACUCCAGUGGACAGCCCUGAUGACUCCACGCUCAGCGAAAGUGCCAAUCAAGUCUUCCUGGGUUUCACAUAUGUGGCCCCGUCUGUGCUGGAAAAUGUCAAAGAGAAAUUCUCUUUCGAGCCAAAGGUCCGCUCACCACGGAAGUUCCCAGGAAGCCCAAAAACACCUGUGAGUCCGGUGAAGUUUGCAAGUGGGGGCUGCUGGCCCCGGGGAUCCACAGGCUGCCCAUCCCUGCUGUCUGCUGGCAGCUCUGUAGAGCAACCCAUGGAGAUGUCAACAGUGGAGCAAAUGGACACCAGCAGCAGCAGCACCUCCGAGGCCUCAGCGCCACUUCCCAUCAAGCACCCUUCAGGCAUUAAUGCAGGCCCCUACAAAAAACAGGCCUACCCCAUGAACUCCAAGCGUCCCGAACAUCUCCGGAUGAACCUAUGACGCACGGCUAGCGUACAAAACAUUAGGACUCUUCCAAUUCCUCCUCCUUCCUUUUUAUCAUUUCCUUUCAAAGAGACCUGUAGAAUUUUUUUUUUUUUUUUUUAAAGAAAGUGACUGACACUGUCAACGCCGAUCACCAGCUCUUCCAGCAGCGCCUUCCCUUCUCUUCUCUUGGCCUCCCAAAAUCCUCCUGACCCAGCCUGGCCUCCUCAGCCUGCCGCAGAUAAUCA